AUGUCGUGGUAUAUCUGGGAGCUGAAAACAUGUGUAAAAGAAACCUCCUGGGUCUCUGCCGCUGCAUGCCCAGUGGGUCUAUCACUAGGACCAGCAGAUGUGCCCCUGAUGAACCACCCCGAUGCUGAGGACGGCCACGGCGGACAUGGUGAUCGGCAUGUCUGCCGCCGUCGCCACCGGAUCUGUCAACCUGAAUCAUGUCAUCCAGUCAUCGCCAUUUCCGUGCAUUGCUCUGGGAAAAUCAAAAGAAGCAAAAAAUAUGGUGUGAAGUUCACUGACAGAGAACCAUUGAGUGUGUUCAUCAGUUCAUCAAGCACUUUGUCAGAUGUAAAGAACAGCAUCUUGCAGAAGCUUGGGGUAUUUGGGAGCAAGUGGGUGAAGAAGCUAUUCUACAAGAUUUUUAUCGCAGUUGUCUCGACCGGUGUUAAGUAUGAUACGUUUGUGCUAGCGGCUGAUGAAGAUAUAAGGGUUUUGUUUCAUUGUGUUAGGAGUUUUCCGGAUGUCAGAAUACACGAGUUGUAUGCUAAGUUGGAGGUUGGUGUCGAUAGUUCUGGGGCAUCAACUCCAGUUCAUAGCUCGACUGCCGCGGGCGGUGCGUCUAGUUCGAUGCCUGCGGCCGGACCAUAUGUUCCGCAGGUCGCAUCCCCUUCCUUCGCAGUUGAUUUAGAUCGAACGGAGGCAGUUGGUUCUGUACCGUUGGAGAAUCCUGGGGUCUGGCAGCAGGCAUUUGAGGUGGAUACCGGUGGUGGCAUGAUUCAUGAUGUUCAAGACUUUGGGAAACCUGAUCGAGUAGAGAAUGCAAUGCGGGACGAUGACUCUGACCAGGAGCCUGUAGAUAUCAUUGGGGACAGCGAUGAUAACACAGGUGCCAAUCCACAUACACAACACGAGCCUUCAAGUUCUGGCACACAGCAGUAUCCUCCACACUUCUCCACUCUAAACUUGGAGGCUCUGGGUCAACAGGCAGACGGAGGUGCUACAAUUGGGGGUUAUUCUACAGAUUUUCAGAUUGGGCAAUCAAUCCAGAAUAAAGAUGAAGCUGUUCUGAGUGUGAAUGACUAUAGCAUCCGUCGAGGUGUUGAGUACAGAGUCUUGGAAUCGGAUCAUCUGAAGUAUUAUGAAAAAUGCAAGGAGUUCGGCAAGGGUUGCAGUUGGUUGAUUCGCAUAUCGCUUCGUGCACGAAAGGGCACUUGGGAGGUUAGGAGGUACAAUGGUCCGCACACUUGCUUGGCCACCUCUAUUUUCAGUGAUCACCGUCAGCUUGAUUACCACGUUAUCUGUGUGAGAAUUUUUCCGUUGGUUAGGGCAGAUGCUGCGGUUACGGUAAUGGUCUUGCAACAAGCAACAGAAGCUGAUUAUGGGUUCAGGCCUAGUUACAGGAAGGUUUGGAUGGAAAAACAGAAGGCAGUAGCACAAAUAUAUGGAGAUUGGGAAGAGUUGUAUGCCGAGUUGCCACGUUGGAUGCUAGGGGUACAGUCGACCAUGGCUGGGACAGUCACCGUAUUGAAGACCUCUCCUGUUCGACUUGGGGAUCAGGUUGACGAGUCAACGCAUUGCAAGCCCCUCGUGAGUAUUGACAGUACCCACUUGUAUGGCAAGUAUGGAGGCACGUUACUAUUGGCGAUAGCGCAGGAUGGGAACUCGAACAUCCUCCCGAUAGCCUUCGCCCUUGUGGAGGGAGAAAAUGCGGAGUCAUGGUCAUUCUUCUUGAACAACCUACGAUUGCAUGUGACGCCACAGGAGGGUAUCCUUGUUAUCUCUGACAGGCAUAAUGGCAUCAAGUCUGCACUUGAGGCCCCCGAAAAUGGUUGGCUGCCUCCACGUGCUUUUCGAGCGUACUGUAUUCGUCAUGUGGCAGUGAAUUUUAAUCUUAGCUUCAAAGGUAAAGAUGCAAGGAGGAUGCUGGUGAAUGCUGCCUAUGCAAAAACGGAAGCGGAGUUUUAUUACUGGUUUGACAUCAUGCGGACUGAGAAUCCGGCCAUGUGUGACUGGGCCAACCGGAUAGAGUAUGACAAGUGGAUCCAACACGAGGAUAGCGGUAGACGGUUUGGGCACAUGACAACCAACAUUAGUGAAUGUGUGAAUUCCGUGUUAAAGGGAACUUGCAACCUCCCGGUCACUUUGUUGGUUAAGUCAACUUACGGGAGGCUUGCUGAGCUAUUCGUGGUCCGCGGACAGACGGCAGAAGCACAACUUGGAUCUGGGCAUGAAUUUUGUCAGGAGUUGGUGAAGGCUACUGAUCGGAACAUAAGAGACUCCAGGUGCUUCACCGUCACGUUAUACGACAGGCACCAAUCAGAGUACAUGGUGGCUGAGACGACACAGACCGGAAAAUUCUCGCUAGGUAGCUAUUGA